AUGAAAACAUUUACUUUAUAUUUAAAAAUUUUUGCAUUUCUUCUUUUAAUUUGGAUAUUCCCUUUUUUAUACAACUAUGAUUCCAGUAAGUCUUUGAUUAAUAAAGAUACAUUACAAAAAAAAAUUAGAUUAAAACACGAAAGAAUGUUAGCAGAGGGUGAUAUAUCAGAAAAAAAUUCAUCUUAUAUUAAAGAACUUGUAGAACAUUACACAUCUGGUGAAGUAAUGAUGAGUCAUGUUGAUUUAGUUUAUUUAAUGGGCAUGUAUAUUAAAUGUUAUAUCGCUAAUAUUGUGUCAAACAUUGAAGAUAAUGUUUUAUUAAAUGAAGAAAAUAAAAUGAGAUAUAAAUGUAGUGAUAAAAUAUUGAAUGCUUAUCGAAAUAAUAUUUCAGCAGAAAGGGCUUUAGAUAUACUAUCACUGACUGAUUAG